AUGGAGCUAUAUCAAGAACCUGAGUGGGGUUUACUGCAUUCUGAUAGUGAGGAGGAAGAUGAUGGCGUUCCAAAUACAAGGAAGAACGUGCGCGUAGAAGGUUGGAAAUGGUCAAAAGAACCUACUGUGAUGCGCAUAAAUAGUGUUUCCGAUUAUAUCAACCAAAAAGCGAAUGAUGAUAUUGCUACAAUAUGUAAGCGAGUUGAACAACAAGCGCUUAUCAACAACAUUGACAUUGGUGGCGAUGAUGAACUAGUCAAACUGUUAGUUGAUCGCACAAUCCCUAGAGAUGCUAUGUCUGUUUUAGCAGCUGAUGUAAAUGAGACAUUUACACGCGCUACCACCCCACCGGACUUUGUUGAUGCCAAAAGUGAGACACGCGACACGUCUCAAGACGACCCAACCAAUUCUUCUGACGAAAAUCAGAAAGAAAAGUCCACUAUUCUAGGGGACAAAGACGAAUCUCAGAAGCUACCUAUAACGGAACCAGAGGAGGAGGCUAACUCAAGUGGUAAACCCGAAUCUACGUCCGAGAGUACUGAGCCAACGCGCAUAAGUAAGUUAACUACUAAAACCACUGAUCUUAAGAAUCAGUUAGCCGCACUUAUGAAAGGUAAGACUGUUAAACAUGUAGAUCAAAUGUAUGGAUCAGGAAAGCAUGCACAGCACUUACGCGAGCAUGUUUCUCCGGGCACUACUGAAGCCCUACAGAAAGGGACAGAUCAGUCGAAUUAA